AUGAAAUUCAAUAUAUUUGAAAGUAAGAACGUAUACAAUAUAAAGAACAAAGUAAUAAACUUAAAGGAAAGAUAUAUAAGCUUUCAAAGAAGUGUAGUAAAUAAUAAUAAUGUAAUUAAAAAAGAAACCCCUAAAUUUGAACGAAAGCCUUUAGGGUCUUAUCCGAUACCCCCUGAAGCAGAAAUGAUGUGGAGAAAUAGACAUACAGCAUAUGGUGGAUAUAUUCAACAAACCAUAUCACCAUUUCAACAAAAAAUUAUGUACCCUUUCUGGCAUAUGGCUUUAGCUAGAUGGUGGGCAAAAUUCUCUUCAUAUUUAUGGUGGUGGAUUUGGCCAUUUGCCAUAACAAAUUUAAUUUUAUAUAAAAUGUUUUAUGAUGCUAAGAAAUAUGUAAAAGAGAAACAUUGGUAUUGA